AUGUUCAAUGUUGUGCUGGAAUGUUUGCGAUUCGCGUACACAUUUCUCGAAGUGCUGCUCAACUACAUCUCAAAGCCGUCGCAUCUCAUCAACACUCUCCUGCACCGCGACGGCGACAGCAACCAGUACAUUGGCGGUGCCAGCGGCGGCCAGGAGUCGGUCCAUACAAUAAGAGGAACUGCAUUAUUUCAGGAAGCGCUGAGUAAAUUGCUAAUUCACAGCUCACGUGCUGGCAUCAGAAGGGUUACGCUCUACGACCCUUGGUCAUAUAUCUCCUCAAAACAAGAGAUUCUACGGCACUUAACGCAAAAUCUCAUGUUGAAGAGUUGUUCGAAGAAUUGCAGCAUUGUAUUUUGCGAGGCAGAGGACAACAGCUUCCCCACUGGUCCACAGUGUACUACAGUUAAGAUACUCAGCGGAAACGAUGGACGGCAGUCACUGGUUCGAGCUUGCCGAAAAUUGUGCAGAUCACAUGAGCCAGCAGAAAUAACGCUUGAACGGGUAUCGAAGUGCCUCGCUCAGGAACAUAUCUAUGAACCAGACUUUUUAUUACGAAUAGGAGAUUUAGAAACAUUGGCAGGUUACCCAGCCUGGGCAUUGAGAGUUACGGAGAUUCUUUCACUGAGAAAUCUUGCUAGCAAUUUCUCAUAUCGUCAAUUUCUUUCUUACUUGCAUGAUUAUUCCUCAAGAGAUCGACGCUUUGGAAGAUAG